GUGUUCAUUUGCAUUAAAUGUGAAGAAGAGAAGAGAAGUCCAGUACAGUAAUUUUGAAAGUAAAAUGUUUGGCUGUAUAUUACUUCUGCAUAAAACAGUUUUAAAGAAUGACACUGCUUCUGACACAAUAUGUGUAUGUCAGUGUGUACACCAACACAUAAAGGUUCGGUUGUAUUUUUGUUAACCAAUAAUAUUACACAUCAAAAAGGCUAUAAAAGACUACGGUUUACUAACUUGGAAAAAAUUCUUAUUCUAGUGUUUGCGUAUUACUUCUCAUAUUAAUUAUUUACAAAAAUGCGUGAAUGUAUCAGUAUACAUGUUGGGCAGGCUGGAGUACAAAUGGGCAAUGCAUGCUGGGAAUUGUACUGUCUAGAACAUGGUAUCCAACCUGAUGGUCAUAUGCCAAAUAAUAAAGAAACUGAACGAUCUGAUGAUGCUUUCAAUACAUUCUUCAGUGAAAUGAGUUCAGGAAAGCAUGUACCACGUGCUGUAUUCGUUGACUUGGAACCGAAUGUAGUCGAUGAAGUGAGAACUGGAUCAUAUAAAGAACUAUUUCAUCCAGAACAAUUAAUUACUGGUAAAGAGGAUGCUGCUAACAAUUAUGCACGUGGUCAUUAUACAGUGGGAAAAGAAAUUAUUGAUCUAGUUAUGGAACGUAUUCGAAAAUCUGCUGAUCAGUGUACAGGGUUACAGGGUUUCUUGAUUUUUCAUUCAUUCGGUGGUGGUACAGGCUCAGGAUUUACAUCUUUACUGAUGGAAAGAUUAAGUGUGGAGUAUGGCAAGAGGUCAAAAUUAGAGUUUGCUGUGUAUCCGGCGCCUCAGAUAGCAACAGCUGUAGUUGAACCAUACAAUUCUAUUCUGACAACACAUACAACUCUAGAACAUUCUGAUUGUGCUUUCAUGGUGGAUAACGAAGCCAUUUAUGACAUAUGCAGAAAAAAUUUAGGAAUAGGUCAUCCAACGUACACAAAUCUGAAUAGACUAAUUGCUCAGAUUGUUAGUUCAAUUACUGCUUCACUUCGUUUUGAUGGAGCUUUAAACGUUGAUCUAACAGAAUUUCAGACAAAUUUAGUUCCAUAUCCUAGAAUACACUUUCCACUAGCAACUUAUGCACCAAUCAUUUCAGCAGACAAAGCUUAUCAUGAACAAAUGAGUGUUGCAGAGAUUACAAAUUCUUGUUUUGAGACAGGUAAUCAAAUGGUGAAAUGUGAUCCACGCACUGGUAAAUAUAUGGCUUGUUGUUUGUUGUAUCGUGGUGAUGUCGUUCCUAAAGAUGUCAACGCAGCAAUCGCAAACAUCAAGACUAAAAAGACAAUACAAUUUGUUGACUGGUGUCCAACAGGUUUUAAAGUUGGAAUUAACUAUCAGCCUCCGUUAACAGUGCCCGGUGGAGAUUUGGCUAAAGUUCAAAGAGCAGUGUGUAUGUUGAGUAAUACAACUGCAAUUGCAGAAGCAUGGGCACGUUUAGACUGGAAAUUUGAUUUAAUGUAUGCAAAACGUGCUUUUGUUCAUUGGUAUGUUGGUGAGGGUAUGGAAGAAGGUGAAUUCAGUGAAGCACGUGAAGAUACAGCUGCUUUAGAAAAAGAUUACGCUGAGGUCGGUUGUGACACUGCGCUAGUCGACGAUGAAGAACAAGAAUUCUAAUGUUUGUUUUGAUGAUGUAUGUAUGCUAUUCAUGUUGUUACUGACACUUUGUUUUGUCUUCUUUGAAAAUGUUAUUUCUCCUCUGUUUACUGACAAUCACGUAAUUAAUAUAUGAUCAAUACUCCAAGUUGUUUUUUUCCUUCUUCUCUCUGCUAGUCGCUGUCGUUGUUUAUAGAUAGUCACACAAAUAGCCAACAAGUAAUAUUGUCAGAAUUCAUGCGAACAGUAACUGUUAUAAUUUUCAAAAUUUCUACUGCUAAUUUAACAAAACUGCUGAGGAUAGGUUGAGGUGACACAUACUUUAUAUUUCACAAAGUAUUUAGAAACAGUAACAUACUGGUAGAAUAAAUAUAUUCCUUUUCAAUUAGUACCUCAUUUCAACGGAGCUACACUAAUAAUACAG